AUGCUCCUAAGUGCUGAUCCGACCACCCAAGUCCUAUCCCAGCCAUCAAUCAAGCCUCACGGCGCCCUCAAUCUUUCUUUUUCUCUUAUUCUUGUCCCUCCGACGAUCCUACCGUACCGCCAAGCCUCGCAAAAGCCAUUAACGGCGCAAAGCGGUUGUGAGGCAAAGAAGGACGAAAAGAAGAAAAAAACAGAAGACGUCGCGGCGACGCCCCUGGCGACAGCCGCGGGUGUCGACGCCGGCCAUUCGCUAGCUCCGCCCACUUUUCGCGAGUUCUCUGCGCGGCCAUUCGACGGCCUCCUUGAAGCCGAGCCUCGUGCAUAUCUUCACGUUUCAGUUUCCAGGACCUGGGCCCAUUUUCCUCUGGUUGGACCAUGGCCAAGCGCCCUGCCGAAGAUGACGUCAUCGUCAGUACGGACGUCAUUGUCAAGGUAGGUUAAUAUUGAAGAUAGGUAUAUCAAUUUUUGAAACUAUGGUAUUGUUGGAAAAAAAAUGAAGUUGAAAGCUUUCUAAUCAUGAAAUUAAUGUCAGUUGCUUUUUCAUGCCUCCAAUUUCAAUUAUGUGCUUUUACAUCAAGUAACAAUUUUUGUACUUUUAAUUGAACUCCAUUUAUUUCCUCGAAGCAAUUAAAAUACAUUUUCCUUCUUGUCUUAUUUUCGGAACUUCGCAAUUUUGAGAACAAUCUUCAAUUUCCUGAGAGAAACUUAAUUUUUUUCCACAGGAGUAAGAAAAAAAAAGAAGACAUGUUUCCCCUUCAUUUAAUUUCAUGAAAAGUUUACAUAAGCCUUUAAAACUUCAAUUAUUAAUUUUCUUUAAAUGAAUUCCUUUUUUUCAAAAUCAAUGAUUUGAAUGAUUCUAUUUUUUUAUUAUUCAACAGUAAAAAAAAUUAUCUUGUAAGGAUAGUGUGAAAAAUAAAACAAAAACUUUUUCUUAUAAAAAAAUUUACUUUACGAGAGCAAAAAAAUACUUUUUUUCACUUUCUAAUAAUGGUUACAGCCUUUUUCUAUGAAAAAAACAUGAGUUUAAAAAAAUUGAAAAAGAAAGUUGAAGCUUAAAAAAAAAUUUAAGUAAACUUCAGCAUGGUAUGGAACUAUAACUACUGAUUUUCCAAUCAAUUUAUUUUUCUCUCUUCUUUUUUUCUUACUUUUUCUUUAAACUUCUUCAUACUUUAGAAUCGUACUCGAAUAGAAAAACUCUCAAAAAUUGAAACGGCCGCAUUUUAAAUGGUUCUAGGCGUUGCGCUGCAGUUAGAAUUAGACAUUUUUUGAGAUCCAAGAUAGCAUCCUCUUGACCCUUCUCUGUGCGACCGAACCGAUUAAAACUUCAAAGCGGAGCUUUUUCGUUCCAUCAUCCUCUCCUGAUCAUAAAUGACCAUCAAAUCUAAUAAUUUCCCGUACCGACCGGUUCGAGAAACGAUGUCUCUCGGCUACCGUACACCUGCGAUGAAAAAUAUCUUUUCUCACCGGUAGCGCCUUCGCAUUAGAGCAAGCUUUCGGCGGCAAUCGGCGCUCGUAAAUCAAAAGCUUCCCAUCGCGUUUUUCCUCACCCCCGGGCCGGCGCCGCCAUAGAAGGCUCGCCGAGCACCGAGAUUAUGAAAGCUCAAUAGCUUCUUCCUUUUUUUGCUCCAUGUCUUUUUGUCGCCUUGUUUUCGGACUGAUUUCACAAGGGUAGUGAGCAAAAGGAGGUAUAUUCAUUAUGAUAUGAAAUACUUGUUAUUUGAAGGAGCAUAGAUGGGGUUCGGGAUCCCAAAGAAAAGCCAAGAUACUGUUUUUGAAAUAAGAAUGAUAAGUCACUUAAUCUCGAAGAUAUAUUAAAUCGGGGACAUACUAUACUCUCCCGAUGAAAGGAGCAAUCUUCAAACUUCAGAAAACACCAAAAACUUGAAAAAAAGUUUCUGUUAACUUUUUCAUCGAUUCUUUAAGAGAUGUCACACUUUUCUCAAGGAUUGGUGAGUGAAAAGAGAACACAGACAAGUCAGACAUUUUCAUGUCUCAACAACUCGAUCAAAAUACUGAUUUAAAAAAAAGGUUCAACCUUCUCAAAAUUUCUGAAAACUCUGAAAAAGGCCCCAAUCUCUUCGAAUUAUGAGAAGAAAAAAAGUUAAAUUUUGUAAAAAAAAACUUCCGAAACAUUUAAUUUUCAUAAAUCAGUGUUCAUCGGAAAACAUUCUGAUGGAAUAAAAGUUACAAUUAAUAUAAUCUGAAUCUCAUUCAUUUUUCUGACCUCUUCUUUUCUCUGACCAACCAAUAUAAAAAAUCUUUCCAGAAGCCCAAGUUCUCAAUCGAAACCCUACUGGACGACGGCGAGUCUUCAGAAGACAACGAAGAAAUCGCCGUCGCGUUGUCGCCAACGGAGACGACUCCAUCGGCAACCACGCCGACGCCGAAAACUCCAGCCGCUAGGACCAAGGUGUCGCCGAAUCUCAAGUUUUUCAUAUUUGAAAAUUCUCAGGAAGGCAAUUUGGCAGUGGACUGUCAGUUGGAAGGAGCUGAAUUGUGGACAAAGUUCUACGAUUUGGGCACUGAGAUGAUCAUCACCAAGAGUGGGAGGUCAGUUGAAACCUUUUGGUCGCAUAAUAUAUUUCUUCUCUUGUCUUUUUUUUUACAAUCUCCUUUGUCUUUAUUCGAAUGUUUUCCCUGGAAUCCGAUACUUCAAGGUUCCAAUACCUCUUGAGUACCCGAAAACAGAAAAAAAAACAUCUUGCUCAACACUCAAAACGAGUGAAGAAGCCGAAGGAUGGUGUUGGCAAUUUGGCAAAUGCGACGAGACCGGCAAAAACGACCGCAACUCGAGUUUUUCGUCGGCCGACAAUUAACGCCGCCACCCCCUUUUCACCAAAUGAGCUCGUCGCUCGACGGCCCGGUUGUUGCCUUUUAG